GUAGCAGACACAGCGUGGGAAUGAAUUCCUAGGCCAGCACAAUGUUCUCAUUUCAGCAUUUCAAUUUUUAUAUGGUUGCUGCUUUUUUGCUCGUUAAAGGUGAAAUUUCAGCAGGAAGUAGCUGUGUCACGAAAAAGUCAUUUCUGAAAUACUAUGAAAACCUCUCAUUUGACAACCAUGACCUAGAUCAGAAGCACAAGAGAUCAAAAAGAGCUUCAGAAGAGGAGAAAGAACCUAUUUAUUUGGACUUCUUUGCAUACAAAAGAAAAUUUGCAUUAAUAUUAAGAAGAGAUUUAAAUGUGUUUGCUGAUGAUUUUCAAGUGGUGUCCAAUAAUAGAACUUUAUCUGUUGAUAUAUCAUUUGUAUAUUCUGGAGCACUAAAAGAUGAAUUUGGCUCAUUUUGCCAUGGAUCUAUUAUUGAUGGACAUUUUGAAGGUUUUAUACAAACAAAAAAUGGUACAUUUUAUGUAGAGUAUGAAAAAAAUUCAAAUGGCACAGAAGAGUCAUACAUCUAUCAUGAGGAGGACAUUGACUAUUCGAUUUUGAAAGACAUUAAAUCAUUUGAAUUGACAUUAAAGAAAUAUCAGUUUCUGGAAAAAAUGAAAUGGAAAGCAAAGGAGGAAGAUCUUACCAGGAAAAAGAGAAGCUUGGAUUUAUCUCGCACAACUUGUCUGCUCUAUUUGAAGGCUGACUAUUUAUUUUAUAAAAGAUUUAACAGCAUAGAGCAAGUUAUUUCCCAGAUAUCAUCAUACAUGACAUCAGUAAACGCAAUAUAUGAACAAGCAAAUUUUAAUGGGAUCAAAGAUAUCAACUUCAAAAUAAAAACACUAAAUGUGGUCCAGGAGGAUAAGCCCUCGAGUGCUAUGCAUUCUACUUUUAUUGGUCCAGAAAAACUUCUUAUGUUACACUCAGAAUCUGUCUGGAACAACUAUUGCCUGUCAUACUUGAUAACAGACAGAGAUUACAAUGGAGUACUGGGGCUUGCCUGGAAUGGCAGACCAGGGAACUCUGGGGGUAUAUGUUCAAAAUAUUCCCAGUAUGGAGAAAAUCCCAACACAUUUGUUACACUGAAUACCGGCAUAGUAACAAUACAGAAAUAUGGACAGUAUCUACCGCCAAGGCUCAUUCAUAUAACACUGGCUCAUGAAUUAGGCCACAGCCUAGGAGCUCCGCAUGAUGAAAGUGAAGAAUGUGCACGUUUUGACACAACGAGUCCUAAUGGAAAUUAUUUGAUGUUUCCAUAUGCCAUGGAUGGAAAUCAAUACAAUAACGAUAAAUUUUCUUCCUGUUCAAUUUAUUACAUUGGGAAUCUUCUACGAGUAAAAAAAGAUCAAUGUUUUGUCGAGAGUGAUCGUCCAACUUGUGGCAAUCAAAUAGUAGAAGAAGGGGAACAGUGUGAUGUAGGUUAUAAUGACAAUGACCCGUGUUGCUAUGGUGCAGAAAGUGCGUUGCAGUGCACAUUAAAGCCAGGAAAACAGUGCAGCCCUAGCCAAGGAUUAUGCUGCAGUCAUUUAUGUUCUUACAUGCCAAAAAGCCAAAGGUGCCAAGAUGAAGGAGAAUGCACACUGGAAAAUAACUGUACUGGAGAUUCUGCUAAAUGUCCAAAGCCUCUUCCUAAAAGCAACUAUACCCUCUGUAACUUAGGAACACGGAUCUGCAUAAAUGGGAUGUGUCGUCAAUCAGUCUGUGCAAAAUUUGGCUUAGAGCAAUGUGAUUGUGAUAGUGAAUCCAUGCUUGAAAAGUGCCAGCUGUGUUGUCAAGAACCUGAUAAUGUGUAUUCCUGUAAAAGCACUAAAUCCGUAGAGCUGGAGCAUUUCUUCAAAAGAGCUCUCCUUCAGCUCCCCCCUGGUUCACCUUGUGGAAACAGACAAGGAUACUGUGAUAAAUUUCACAUUUGCCGUCUUGUUGAUGCUGAUGGGCCCAUUGCUAGGCUUAAAAAUUCUUUCUUAAAUUUAAUUGAACUGGAGGACCCUGCAACCUGGAUGAAGACACGGUGGUGGGCAAUCCUGUUGAUUAUACUGACACUGGCUGCUUUAAUGGCUGGCACUGUGUUUAUUUUUGGCAGAACUCUGGAUUCUGAUAAAGAAAAACAACAAAACAAAGAAGAAAGACGCAGCACUCAGCAAAGAAGCACCAAAAUUGUGUACUGUAAAAAAGAUGACUAUGUUAAAGCAGAAUACUUAAAGUAUCAAGAAAAAACAUUAGACAUUAGACAAUAGAUAUUGGUUCUUAUCAACUUAAAGGCUCACAUGUAAAAAAUUGGAUGGUGCCAUUUACAGUAUAAAAUUACAUUCCGUCUUUUCCAUACUGUAAAUGUCAGUAUAGCUGCAUCAGUCUCCCCUAGAUACACCCCCAGUGUGGGACUGGCCUGCUGGGACCUGGCCCGAGUUUGCCCUUUGAUCUUUUUUACCUUUUUCUGCUUGUGUUUGUAGUUAUUACCAAUAUAGGAAAAUUAAAAUAGAAGACUGUGAAGGAAUCAGGGAAAAGACAGAUGCCAAAAGUAUUGACACAGACAAGCAGGAGAUUUUAAGGGGGGUUGUAAUUAUAUAGAACUGCUUAGGAAUGCACAUGUAUAUGGGAACUAAGAGACAGAGAUAGCCCAGUGACAGAGAGGUUCAGCCUCUAUCUGUGCUGUUUUCUGCACUCUGUCUGUCCUCUGCAAUCUGUCUGUAUCUAUUGCAUUGGUCUGUGCUCUCAUACAGCUUGUACAGCAAUUAGGGUGAAGAUACACAGAGUUACUUAGUAGCAGCUACUUUUUCACGGCUACUAAAUGCCAGAAAAUACCGUGCCAUAGACAAUACAAAGAAUUAUUAGUAAAUGAUCAGCAUUGUCUAUUUUGGUAGCUGUGACAAGUAGCUGCUACUAGUAGCUCCAUGUGUCUUUACCCUAAUGCAACAAGCAGAACACAAUGCACCAAACAGAACACACAGGAGAUCACAGCUGCCCACACAGAAUUAGUCCUGAAUGUGUCUUUUUGGAAGCUGACACAUUGGUUGCUGUGAUAUCUCUAUGAAUUAAUUUUUCCUAUAAACUUCAGUUAACUGGCACAUAGCAGGCAAAUUGUUUUGAAAAACAGUACCUACUUGACUAUAAUAAAGGGGAACUAUCACCCUAAGAAAUAAUUCCAAAUUCUUUCCAAAUCUUUUUAAGCAAAAUAAAUAUUAUUUAAGCC